UUGUACUUGUAUCUAUGGGGAGGUUGAGCGGCCAGUGUGGAGCCCGACUCAUUGCUGGGCCGUGAGUCAGAGGACCAGGGAGCGCCGAUUUAAUUGCCUGUAUCCAUACGGAGGUUUCCUCUGAGGAGUCUACGCCAGUUUCAACGGUGAGCAGCUGUGACCAAAAGUCGCCUGUGUGUGACACGGGAUGCGGGAAGCGGGACGGAGGGAACGCCUCAGCCCUCAUCUGUUAUCCGCUAAUCAACCUGACGACAUCCAAAUGAUGGACAUCAAAAGGCAUUCCAGUAGCAGGGCCGAGAGAUUGAGAUGGCCUUUAUUAUCGUACUGUGGUGACAUGGUUCCUACCUUACCUACCCUAAGAUAUGCAUUGACCAACUUCCCUUCUACAAUCAAGUUAUCCGCACAUCGAGCAGUGCUCUCUAUGCCGCACACAGUGUACUGCACGCUCGUCCUCGACGUCCAGAGUGCUCUGCCGUACCUGACCCGUCCCACCCACAUUCUGAACCCAUGUAUGGAAAUCGUCAGGGUCUUCAUGCAACUUGCCCGUUUCGCUCAUGAACGCUGGUUUCAACCUGGCGCUCAAAGGCCAGCCGAUCGUUCUUUUGGAAGCCUGGUCUCCAUUGCGCUGUGCACCAUGCUUGCAGAGGAGGCUUCACAUGGCGGUGCCAGUUCUCAAUUUCAUUGCUCGGCUUCAUAUCACGCUAUCACCGUUACGGUCUAAGGUCAUGGCAUUCUCUGCACUGUCCUUGCCCCCACAGUGCGCAUCACUCAGGUCAUACGCAGCAGGUGAUGGCUCCGAUUUUCUUACCUCUGUAUCCGUGUAU